AUGUCCACAAAAUCUGCGAAUGAACUUAUUGCAUUUGAUCUCGUGUCCGUAUCUAGAUAUAUGGAAAAUCAAUUUCACGCUAUGCUCGAUUUCAUAUGUUCGAGUGAUCAUCCGAUUGGUGAAGUAACACAUUACUUUUGGAGACGAAAUGCUAUGCAAGAAUUUAGAGAUGUUUUAGCUAAACCAGACGAAACAAAUAUCGAUGAUUUAAUUUCUGGGCUAAAUGAUGAUCAAAGGAAAGUAUUCGAUACCAUUACAAAUACCAUUAAAUCUGAUUCGAAAUGCUUGAGACAUUAUACUAAUAUUACAAAUGCUGAACUUAAUAAGUGCGAACAAGAUUUAAUGAUCUUUGUUGCUUUGUUUGAGGUCCUAUAUGGAAAAGAAUCAAUGCGGUUUAAUGUGCAUUUGUUGCUCCAUGCUGUUCAAUCUGUUCGGAAGUGUGGACCUUUAUGGGCUACAUCAACCUUUCCUUUUGAAUGUAAUAUUUAUUUGUUAAAGCAGCUAGUUAAUGGACCAAAGGGCGUUGAGCAGCAAAUAGCUAAAAAGUCAUUACAGAUUUUGUCAUAUAAAGUAGGAAUGUCAAGUAGUUCAUCGCCGAAUCAUGUAAAAGCGUUUUGUGAGCAAUUGUUCAUGAAAAAUCAGUCGACUGUAAAUGUUGAAGUAAAUGAUGGAGUAGUAUUUUAUGAUUCACAACAUGUAUAUAUCUCAGAUAGCGCUCCAGUUACAACAAAACGGAUAUAUAACAAAUGUAUAUAUAAUAAUCAGGUGUACCAUAGUAAAAAUUAUAAACGAUCAAAAAAAUGGAACGACACUAUUGUACAGUUAAAAUGCGGAAAAAUUGUUAGAAUCGAUGAUAUAAUUAAUGUACCUGAAACAGGAUGCCACUUCUUAGUUACCACAUUCGUUGCCGAAAAAGUAAUUUUACGUGCAAAUUAAUGCACUGUCGAUGAAACAACGUCUCCAGAUGAGACAUUAGCAAGAAUUGGUGACAUUGAUAUGCCACAUAUGUGGAAAUUUGUAGAAGAGACGGGCCAACGAUUUGUAAUUUCAAUUCAUGAUGUUUGUUCGAAAAUGGUUGUCAUGGACGUAGGAACUGAGCAAUUUAUUUGCGCUAUGCCAAAUAUAUUCGAGAUUGACUAAAUAAAAGUUCGCAAUUUCCUAUA